AUUAUAUCUAUUAAAAAAAUACAAUGUAUAAACUGAUAUUCAAUUUAAUAAUAAUCAUAAUUGUGUCUAAAAAUUAUUGUCAAACAAAUUGUUGGCAAUUUAGCCAUCAAAAUGCAAUGGUUGGUAUUGACACCGAGUUCAAAGUACAGGUCAAACCAGGACAACGGGACUGUUACUAUCAGCACUUUGACGUUGAUUUUGAUGUUCACGUAUCGAUGAUUGCCCUGAGUGGCGAUGAACUAACCAUCAGUUAUACAAUCAAUGGUCCACCCGAUGAUCAGCAACUAUUAAUCAGUGAAAACGGUAGCACUCGUAUCGACUUUUCCAAACAUGACAUAACGGAUCCCGGUAUCUAUAGUUUUUGUGUUACUAACACAGACUAUAUGUUUGAUACUAAAAUGGUAAGUGUGUCGGUGUGGGGCUUUAGGGCGGCCACUUGGGAAAAGUUUGUUCAGGCUAUCAGUGAACCAUUGGAUAAGUUGUACAAUAUGUCGGAUAUUAUGGAAACGGUAGAGACCAGAAUCAAUCAAAUGAAACAUCACGUUGAACGUAUGCAACGGGACAGGUAUGCCGAUUGGUUACUAAUCAAAAGUAACAACUCGUAUGUCCACUAUUGGUCGCUUGUCCAGUGUUUGGUCAUUACAGUGUCGGCAGUGGUUCAGGUGGUGUUUGUCAAACGAUUGUUUGCCAGUCGAUGA